GCUGAACUGCAGGACAGAAACUCCUCCCUAUCGCUGGGGGGCAGCACCGUUAGAGGCCGGCCACAUGUUUAAAUAACACUGCAUUUCCCAGCAGGCUGUUCGGUGUCGACCUUGGAUUUCAUCGAGCUGCAGCAUGUCGAGCAAGGAGCCGAAUCGCUUCAUCCAGCACCUGAGGGACCUGACGGGCCGCAUGUCUUCAUCUGGAGGCAGAGGAGCCGGACUUGGCCUGAAACUUCUGCUGGGAGCUGGAGCCCUGGUCUAUGGCGUCAGAGAAGCCACCUACACAGUGGAGGGCGGCCAGAGAGCCAUCAUCUUCAACCGGAUUGGAGGGAUGCAGAUGGACACCAUCCUGUCAGAGGGACUCCACUUCAGGAUCCCAUGGUUCCAGUACCCUAUCAUCUAUGAUAUCAGGGCUAAACCCAGGAAGAUCUCCUCGCUGACCGGAAGCAAAGACCUGCAGAUGGUGAACAUCGGCGUGCGGGUUCUGUCCAGGCCGAUGGCGUCCAGCCUGCCCGCCAUGUACCAGCAGCUGGGGAAGGACUACGAUGAACGAGUCCUGCCUUCCAUUGUCAACGAGGUCCUGAAGUCGGUGGUGGCCAAGUUCAACGCGUCGCAGCUCAUCACGCAGAGAGCCCAGGUUUCCCUGCUGGUGCGUCGGGAGCUGGUGGAGCGAGCCAAGGACUUCCGGAUCAUUCUGGAUGACGUGUCCAUCACAGAGCUGAGCUUCAGCAGCCAGUACACGGCAGCCGUGGAGGCCAAGCAAGUCGCCCAGCAGGAGGCGCAGCGAGCUCAGUUCUGGGUGGAGAAAGCCAAGCAGGACCAAAGACAGAAGAUCAUCCAGGCGGAGGGAGAGGCUGAAGCUGCUAAGAUGUUGGGCCAGGCUGUGACCAAGAACCCAGGUUACCUGAAGCUGAGGAAAAUCAGAGCGGCUCAGAACAUCGCAAAGACGGUCUCUACGUCUCAGAACAAAGUCUACCUUAAUGCUGACAGUUUGGUUCUGAACCUGCAGGACCAGACGUCCUUCAACAGCUUUCUGUCUGCGCAGAAGAAGUGAGGAUGAGGCGUAACCAGUGGCGACGCAACAGGAAGAGAAGGACGGACUUUCUCUGCCUCCAUCAUGUUUAGAAGUGGCUUUUAUAUCUUUCAGUCUGUACACCUGUCUAUGUGUAAAGCAAUAAAGUGGUGUUAUAAACGA